UCGAAAAGAAUGCAUUCUUCAUACUAUGUAUCAAAACGUCUCAUUCUCUUCCCUAUCUUGGUCGUGGCAGCCACACAACUCCUCCUUUUACGCAGCGUUUCUUCACUGAACCUUACCAAUGCGUAUCUUCAGCACAAAUGCUUAAUCAGCCAAAGGAAAUAUAAACGGGGAAGCGACUAUGAGAAAGCCCUCAAAGAUAUCGUUGAAAGCUAUUCCGUAAAACCUAAAGAUUCAUAUGGUUUUCGUACCGGUUUCGGCCAGACGGCUUAUGGUAAAGAACCUCAUAUCGUCGCCAGCACCUUCCAGUGCCGUAUCGACUCUCGUGGUCCCAAGUGCGCUUCCUGCGUUGCAACGGCCAGUUCUGAGCUUCUUCGUAAGAGAUGUCCGAGAAAUAAAGGGGCACUAAUAUGGUACGACCAAUGUCUUGUGGAGUUUUCUUCAUUCGAUACCAUGGGACGGAUCAAUUACGAUGACAACUUCUGUCUGCCCAGCGCGAAGAACAUGAGUGGUGAUUCAAUCUCUUUUGAAGAUAGGGUGUUUCUCCUCAGCAAUCUGACAACUUUAGCCGUCACUAAAAUAGAUGAUAAAAUAGAAGGUAUCAAGAAGCCGGUGCUAUACGCGGCCGGGGAGAAGAGAAUCGGGAGGAAGAAUCUGUACGCGAUGGUACAGUGUUCGGCUGACUUAUCUGAUAGGGGUUGUGACGCCUGUCUGACACAUUAUAUGAUGCAUUUUCAAGAAUGCUGGAAACAUAAACAAGGAGUAAGAGUUUUGAGUAGAAGUUGUAGCUUUAGGUAUGAGCUUUACCCUUUUAUUAACCCCAAGAGUCCUUACUAUACCAAGUUCUAA